AGGAGAGGGGAGCAGAACUCAGCUGGGUUUGGAGUUUUACUCAUUAUUAUUUCCUGAUAUUCAAACAUCUCAACUCUGAUUGGCUAGCAGCAACACAAUUCUACCACUGUCUGUGUUUGCUUUGCAACAUUGAUGUUAUCCACACAUAAAACAAGCCUGAAGGAGUUCUGCCAUGUGAUGGAGUUGCUAAUGCUAACAGUUAGCUUCUACUGGUCGAGAUAUUUGCUGCUGAUUCCUGGAUGCUAAAUCAACUCCGCCAUCUCUGUCAGGGGCCAAGAUGGCUGAUAUACAGUGUGACGUAGAUCUGACUGGCUUUUCUAACCUGAGCGUUUCCUUUUCUAUUUUCUAUUAGCGGCUAAUACAGGAAAUAGGGGUAGAAGACUAGUUUAGCAUUUGGAAAACAAGUUAGCCUAAAACAUAAUUUUUUUCAUGCCUCUUAACAACGUUCUAACAUCGUAUAGCUAUACAUGUAUUGAUGAGAUUUUAAACAAAAUGAAAAAAAAAGGAAGUUAUUCUCUCUUUAGACACUAAUAACAUGUUUCGGACCAAAAGGAACUAUUGGACCAUCUGGUUGUCGGUCUCGCCAAAACGUGGCACUUCCACUCUUCCCUGGGUCCUCCACUCAUGACACAGUCACGUAUUUUGCAACAAAACACCACUGGUGUGAGAGGCUCUAUGCUAAAUAAUAUCAGAGCAGGAGAAACAGCCCGCUGCUACAACUUCAACUUUAGGACAAACUACCAGAGUCCAAAAAAGAAAUACAUAAUUUGAAGUCACGGACAACAAAAGAUGUUUUGACCUAGAAAAUGACAAAUGCGCUAUCUUGUUUCCUCUGGCAACGUGGGUUUCUGCUUCCAGCAGAAGCGUCUCAGGGAAAGUACUUGACUGUGUUUGUGUUCAAAGCCUAGCUUGUUCUGUAGUUUGUUAUAACAGCUUUAAACUCAGAACGACGGAUCAUAUUUAGGUUUUCCUAAAUGCCUCAAAACAUUUGUGAAGGUUAAACUCAUUUGAGUGCAUAGAGUGUUGUAUUGAAUUUUCAAUUUCUAAAAAAAAAGUUUGUGUGGUGAAUUUCUUCUUGAAAGAAUUGACUUGGUCAUCAUGGGUAUCUGAGACUUGCAGAGGGGUUGGCAGUCUAUUUGUGAAUGAAAUAAGAAAUAGAUAAGAAACUUUGUGACUUAACUGCAACAAAAGUGUGUGUUUCAAUACUUGACUGUAGCUCAGACUUGUGUCAUAUGCCUCUCAUGAGCCAGUUGUAAAUAAAACGUCUUCAAACAUGUAAAUUCAAGUGUGAAUUUAUAGUUCUUUCUAUUUUAUUCUUACAAUAGUUUCAACUGUUCGUCAGUCAUGGUCAAAAUCAUGGCAACAGCAUAUUAAGGAGUGCAACAGUCUAUCACGAAAUUAUGUGCAUACUUACACUUGAAAUUUAAAUGAUGGGAAUCCCAUUGUUUCAUCUAAUCUUGAAAAAGAUUUAACAUAAAAUGUCAUGUAUAUAAAAGGAGUUUUGUCAGACAAGUGAAACAAAAGAACAAAAGUCACUCAGCAUUGGAUUUAAAUGUGUUUUGUUCCAAAGGUUGUAAAAGAAACAGACAUGUCCAAUCAAAGUCAGAAUGAAUACAGUCGUCAGUCAGGUCUUGCCAAUCUCCCCUUGUGUCUCUCACUGUGUACCAUACAUGUGAACAGUGGCUGUCACACAGCAGCUGAGCAACUGUGACAACCACUGCUAGUGUGUCUGAGCGUGUGCACGUAUGCUCGCCGAAGUGCAAGUGCACAUUAGCUUUUUUUGUUCAUGUGUGGAAGCUUGUGCACAUUUGUCACCAGGGGCUGGAUGCUGAAAUUUUGCUCCAGCGAAUGAGGGAAUAUUCCGGGCUGUCAUGUGACUUUCUGAUGUCAGAGAGAGAGAGAGAGAAAGAGAGAGUAAGGUGCAAUUUAGCCCCACAGCUGAUCUGUGCAGCGCUCAGAGAGAGGCUGAGAAGACCAGACACAAAACACACACACACACGCAGAAACACACACAUUCUCUUACUCUUUCACUCCAUGCAUGCCUGUAAGCACACAUGCACUUUACACAGACACAUACGCCUUACUUUAGUGCAGUUACACACACGGACAACUGCCAGGCAUCACUUAUGACAGGAAAGGUUCAUUGCUUUUCUCUACUUCCAAAGCUCACAAUACUUUGAUUACAGAGGACUUAUCUGAUUCCUGGACAAGGGCAAACGGACACUUACUGGAAAAAGAAAGGAGCCGGAGGCAGAAGGAAAACACCUGAGGACUGAGAAAGAGGAAGCUCAAAGGACAACAGUGAACAAGAGGCUGAGACCCGAGACAACAGGUCAAAACAACAACCGUGCAGGAGAAUGUCUUUCCUUUCUGGCUUGCCGUGGCAGCAGCCUGGCAUCAUCAAUGGAAGCAGCGGGUAUGGACAACCUUCCAGUGGGCACCAGCAGCAGCUCCAACAACAGCAGCACAAACCUCCCAGUACUCCUUCCAGUGCCAACAUCCCUGCAGUCCUGGCCUCUUCUCCGCUCUCUCCCUCCGGUCCGGCCGCUGCUCGGCACAGUGACUGGCACUGUCAAGGCCAGACGGCACCGGGGGGUGUCAUGGCUGCAGCCCAGGCAGCAUCCAGAACAACUUUGAUGGAGGAUGAGGUAAAAUUAGGACAAGGUAGCACUGAAGGGAUAUCAUCUGGGGUGAUAGUACCAGAAACACAGAGCUUCAGUAUGCCAGUGUUGAAGAUUGAAGACGACUGGUCCAAAGGGGACAGGCCACAGGUGGAUGGACAAAGGGCAGGAGGAGCCGGGGCUUCAUUAGGGAGUGCGGGACAGAGCCCCAGCAGUCCUUUGUCAACCCAGUCCUCAUCCUCAUCUAUACCCUCUCCUUCUUUCUCACCUGGAAGAAUGUUUUCAAAUUCAAAUCCUAAACCUGUGUCCAGUCCCAGUUUUGGACAAACGAAUCUGCAGCAAAUAAAUACAGACAGCAAAGAUGGAUUUUCUGAGCAGGGCUCUCUAUCAGCUUUUCAAGGACAUUCAGUACAUCCUGCUCCUUACGAGACCUCCAAACCUCAGGACAGGAUCGCCUCCUUCGCUUCAAGUACAACCUUAAGCCUAUCUGGGAACCUACAAAAACAUUUGAAAGAAGAUUCCUUUGCAAGUAAAUCUGAUAGUCAAAUGUUUAAGCCAUACUUAGAAAAACAAGUUGUUGAUGUAUCUGCUCUUACUUCGGACCUAGCAAGGGGCACUGAAGACCCUUUAGGAGGUACACCCACAUCUCCAGCGAACGCAGCUGCCACUGGCGCUGUGGGGUGUGUUGUAGGGAGAAAUGGGUUGGAGGGACAAAACCUAAGCCAUAGUGAAAAGGGGAAAGAAGACAUGCGUACAAAACCAAGCAGCACUGUAGCAGAGAAUAGGGUUGCAAGUUCUAGCCUGUCACAAGAUCUGAAUCGCAUUGAGGAUGGGAGAAUGGGAUCAUGUGCUAUACCAAACAUGGACUCAAAACCAGCCAGAAGUAAUGAACUGCCUCAGCGGACCGCAGUGAGACGUGCAAUGUCUGACUGUUCACAUCUGUCUGUUCCCAUGGUAAUGGCCGGAGUGUACCCCACCAAUAUGGGAACCUCACAAGUGACAGCGACCAACUUGCCAGAUUUUGCGCUGACGGGAGUAACGUGCCCACCUAGGGCACCCUACCCUCAUGCUGCCGUGCGUCGCUCACUCACAGUCACAGACGGCACAGAAGUCGCUGCUGCAAUGGCAACAAUCAUCUCGUCUCCGUUAAUGACGUCAUCUGUACUGCCAGCAUCUCCACCCCCAAAGAGGCAUUAUGGGAGCUGUGAGACAAAUUUUUUACUUCCUGUUCCACCUGUUGGAACACCGCUUACCGGCAACCCAGAAGGUUUGCAAAAUGCAACAGUGAAAUCCGACAACAAGGACAAGCAGGAGAAGGCAGACAUAACGUCUGGCAAGGUAGACAAGAUCGACACCUCUGACAAGAAAGAAGAGCAGCAGAAGAAAGAGACUAACACCGACGUAAAUAAGACACCCGAGAACAUCCUCAAAAAGGAAGAAAAGGUGGAGAAGAUAAACGACAAGGAGAAAACCGAUAAGCCGGAGAAAGUGGACAAGCCGGAGAAGACGAACAAAGACGAGAAGGAGGAGAAGGAGGAGAAGAAGGUGGCCGAGAAGGACGAUAAGGGGGGAAAAGGUACAGCCAAGUCUCCUACAGGCAACGGCAGCAAGACUCUGCCAAGUCCUGACAGCAAGGGCAAGCCCGAUGUGGGUUCAACCAAAACAAACGCAGCCAAAUCGCGUCCAUCCAACCUCUCCACCAAUAAUGAGGCCAACUCGGCCAAACGCCCCUCCCCCACUACAGCCAAUAAAAAAAGUCCUGCACCCAAGGCAACUACUCCUACUGCUGCCAAGCGGCUGCCAGCAGCAGCUGCGUCCAACAAGGCUGCCAAGACUCCAGAAAAUGGCACGGCUGACAAACGCCCACCCGUGUCAAAGGCGACCCCUCGUACAGAAGCCAGUAAGAAUGGUUCCUCGGCAGCAGCUGCAAAUAAACCUGCAGCAAAUAAGAAUGACAAGACUGAAGCCAAGACAGGAGAGGCUAAGAAACCCAAGACUACAGCUCAACCUCGUCCAGCUUCCACAGCCACUCCUGCCCCGGCUGCCUCCACUAACGGUGACGGUCAUCGCCGCCGGGUCAUCACGAAACCGCCGGUGCCCAAGCAGACCCCAGUGGAGAAGAAACCCACAGCUCCCCGUCCUCCCCGAACCCCACGGCCCAUCAACGCUCCGACACCGGACCUAAAGAAUGUGCGCUCCAAGAUCGGAUCCACUGACAACAUCAAAUACCAGCCGGGAAGAGGCAAGGUCUCCUCCACCCCGAACAACAAGACAUCAGACUCCUCCAGCCCUGCCACCAAGGCCAGAGUUCAGAUAGUGCACAAAAAGCUGGACUUCAGCCACGUCACCUCUCGCUGUGGCUCCAAGGACAAUAUCAAACAUGUCCCUGGAGGUGGCAAUGUGCAAAUCUUGAACAAGAAGGUUGAUGUGAGCAAGGUGACGUCCAAAUGUGGCUCCAAGGACAACAUCAAACACAAGCCAGGUGGAGGUGAUGUGAAGAUCGAGUCCCACAAGCUGAACAUCAAGGCCAAAUCUAAGAUCGGAUCCUUGGAUAAUGUGGGCCAAGGCAACGGACAGACCAACGGACACAAGGAGGAAAAAACAGGAGAGAAGACUUCUCCACCCCCAAGUGGCGCUCCAACCACAGGACCAGCAGGCGUUGCCAAGGCAACAGCACCUGGAGGUGGUGUUGUUAAGGAGAAUGGCACGAAGGAACCCACACCCACUCCUUUUGGGGGAGAUGGAUUAAGGGAGCCUCUUAGCAUGUCUAUGGACAAGCGCAUUACUGAGACAAAUUGAGUCCCAGCGACCUGCAGAUUUUGGCGGGACGUGCAUGACGCUCGCUGACCUGCCAAUCAUCCGACCGACUAACCUAACACGGCGCAGUCACCUCCCUCUGGCCUUCUCCUUCAAUUCUCCCACUGCAGCAUCAAACUCACCGAUUGCCUCUCAGUGUUUCUCUGAGGUCCGCCUGCCAGCUUCCCUGACCUUUGACCUCUCUUCGAUCCUGAGUUGACUUUGGCCCUGCUAACUACAGAGAAGACCACUCGUUGUUUGUCUGUGUGUCUCUGUGGGGUUGCAGCAGCUUCUCAUCUGACUUAGAAAUAAUGUCCUAGUGACUUCACGCCUAACGACCAGCUCUAACAAUCCAAACACGAAAACAAAACCACCAUCAAGUAUACUGAGCAGAGUCAUUUCUGUUAUAUUAUUAGAUUGUUCACCUUAUGACUCUUAAGUGCUGUUUAAACACUUUGUUCUGGUGUCUGUAAAAGCCCCGCCCAUUCCAAAAAACCCGCGAUUCUUCAGUCUCGUUAUCACCUUUCUCCCCACCCACCGUGCCCUUUUCCUUGUCACUCCACUCAUCAUUACACGAUAUCCCAUUCCACUCCUCCUGGUAUUAUUUUCGAAAGCUUUCCCUCUAAAUUCAUCACUUUUUAAACAUUUUUAAAUGUUUCCACUUAUAGCGUGACACUCACAGUUAGUAGAAGCGGUCACUGAUUUAAAGUAAGCUGCAGCUGCGAUGCAACCGUAAGUGCAAAGAGGUCAGCUGAAGAACGUAUGUGGGCUCAGAUUAUUCUAGUCGUUGUCAUUUUUGUAUGCAUUAAGGCAUCUAUGAAGGUCACUUCAACUACAGUUACAAACAGUGUUCAGUUAUGCAAUUGUUAUAGAACAAUAGAGUAGAAGAGGAGGAUUACAGAAGCUCUGAAGCUCCUGACUGGUUUAGACCAGAAGAGGUAUUUGACCUCUGUUUUUUCCCAAAUACUCAACAUCACUUAAUUAAAAUAGAAGAUGUGAUCUUCAACAGCAGCAUUAUAAGUAUUAGCUGUUGCAGGUUAAGCUGCAGGAACAUGUAGACGUUGAACACGAAGGGACUGAUUCAUGAUACGUGUAUGUAGUACUGGUCAAAAGUUGACUAAUUAAAAUGUUAUACGAAUAUAUAAGAAACAUUAAUUUAUGGUUAAUGUGAACCGUCAAGGUAAAACCAGACUGGCUGCUAAUUGAUGAAGAGCUGCUAUUUAUAGUAGAGGCAGCUGUUGUGUUUUAUGAGCUUGUGUCUCAGAAUCAACUAGUAUUUGACUCUUCUUUAGGAAAUGGUCAAACUUCGGAGGGAGGGGGGGUAAUUUAGUGGAAUAGGUAUGGAAGGCAAGUUUUGUUCGUGAGAAAUCAGUCGUCAAAAUACUGACUAAGAAAAUAAAGUUGCUUGUAAAAAACAAAAACAGAUGCCCACAAAGCUUCUCUGAUGUCUUUAAGUGAAACAUUCUGCAGCCGGAUGAUUAGUUGGAAUAUGAACGUCUGCAGUUCAGAGCAGCACUUGUGCAGGAAAGCUCUGAAGUAGAUCAGUAAAGGUCACAUCACCUCAGCACAAACACACACACACCCUCGCUUUGGCACUCCAGCCGUUGGGUUGGUGACAGUUUUAUCAAACCAUUUUACUCACACACAUAAGCACAUGUAAAUAAAAGUAAGCACACACACAUAUGUGUUAGAGUGCAAGAAUACCUUAAACACACACAAACAGAAUGAAACACACAGUUGAACCCAAAAGCAGGACACUGAUCGUGACAGGUUCUGAGUACGACUGUCCGUGCUUUUAUCUUUAAACCGUGUGUCGCUCCUGAACAUCAUCACUGUAGGACACACUCCACCCAACCACCUCUUGUUUCACUUCCCUCCUCUUUCUGUGUCUCUUUCCAACUUCCCAACAGCAAUGCAUUCAUAUUAUUAUGGGAAGAUUUUAGUUAUGCAGAUUUAGAUGGUAGGAGGAUGGAAAACCACUAAAGUAACCGAUAAGAGGGAGCAGGGAGGCCUAUCGUUUAAAGGGAAUGGUGUUACAUUCAUGGCCAAUCUGAACUUUGUUUGCAGCUUUUUGGUGAUUUACUUGUAGGAAACAUUAACACGUAGACCAAAUCUACUAAGAACUAUUAUCUUAAUAUUCAGGGUAGCUGGUUAUUAAUCUCCUAGUUAUCUGCAGCUCUGUCCGGAACAUAUUUUACCCUAAGUCAUUAGUGUAAAUAGAUAAAGUAAAUAGUUUUUAAAAUGUCAUCAUGUUUUCUUUUUUCCAACAUGUUUGUGGAGGAUGUUGUGUUUAUCUCAUUUAUAUAGGCUGCCACUUAAUAUACAGAAUAAAAUUAGAAAGAAAGAGAGGGAGGGAGAGAGAAUCGUGCCACGCUGGACAGAAGUAGCUGCCCAGCUCCCAAACGCCAUGAAUGCAGCAGUAUUUUGGUGAAGCAGAUCCGAGAACGGCUUGCAAACUUGCUAACGUCUUAUAAGUGAGCAGAUUUGUUUUUAGUAAAACCGGAGGACACUUUGCUCUGUUUUCACCUUCAGUUAUAAGCACCUAAAAUGAUCCCCCAGGAGAACAGGAAAGUCUUCAGCGGGCUGAGUUGUGUUUUAAGAGAAUGCCUAAAUUCAGUUUUGCGAUGAUCUAACUGUAGAUCCUACCCAACACUGUGAUGUGGCUUCCAUUCAGACCAAAUCAUACGAGUAGGAAAUCCCCUUCCCCUGCUUACGGCAUCCGAGGCCGGGAGGGUCUCUGCUGGAAACACUGAGGGAUUUGUGACGUGUCUGUGGCGUAGCUGUCAGAUGUGUGACGUGUUACUACUGCAUCCAUCCUGUAGAGAGUGCUGCUGAGCCUCUGAAACACUGAUAGUCUGGCUCUGUGACUUUACAAAGGCUGACUGAUGAAUAUCCCCAUCAGAAAAGCCACAGUAGAGCUCCACACUGUCCUCGUUUAAACAAGCAUACAUAUUAUCGUGUCUGGAAGUUCACUUAAUGCUAUCAAACACAUCUGGAUUGUGUACAGUUCCCUGAAAAUAAGUCCUGUGCACGCUGAACACAGUCCUGUUCAGUUCUUGAUGCACUCAAAUGGUGUAACUGUACGCAAGUUUGCUUUACUGUAUCCUGGUAAAACCUUGUCAGCUGUGUACUGUGCGUGUGUGCUUUUGGGAACUAAAACCGUCUUGGUAGCUAUAGUGAAACUUACUGUAAUCAAAGAGCAACUGAUCAAGAAUUCAACAACUGAAACUAGACGUGUUACAGCGCCAUAUGAGCAUAUUUAUUAAUUGUGCUGUUCCCUGCAAAUCAUUCCCAUGAGCUGCCUGAAAGAAACACACGCCACAUGACACAUGCGUGGAUCAUAUGUGAAAAUAAUAAUGUGAACCUGUUUUUUUUCCGUUCCAGGAACAGAUUAUGAAAGGUUUUGAAGCACUUUGAUAAAUGUAGGGUUGUUUUGCUGGCAAAUAGGAGCAAGUUGUAGUUUUCUUGUGUCUAAGAAGCUCAAUGUGGGAGUGCAUCACCAGACGAGGGGAUGCUUGUUUGGAUUAUUACGUUGGUACCAUUUUAGCUUAGUGGACUUUAGUGGUACUUGGGUCAUCGGUGCUGUGCUGUUGAUGGUUUGAUGGUGAAACACUCAACCCUCCAGUCUGCCCUUGUCUUGUUCUCCUUUCAUUCACUGGGUUUUUACAUUCUGGCCAAGCUGCAAGGUCACUUUUACCAAGCAGGUACUUAUAUGAUUAAGGCUCAGAGCAAAAGUAAGUAACUAAGUAACCUUUGUUUCUAUAGCGCCUUCACAGAUAAAAUUCACAAGGUACGUCACAUUAAAGCUGAAUAAAAUACACAAACCUAAACAAAUAUAAGAAUAAGAUAAGCGAUAAAAUUAUGUAAAAGCAAGUCUAAAAAGCCAAGUUUUAACAUUUUUUUAAACACACAAAAGGAAUCAAUGCUUAUUUAUUAACCCCUUAAAGAGCAAGUCACCCCCAAAUCAACUUUUUUUCUCUGAUAAUCUAUAUAAACGAGUGUCUAAUCGUGCUGUAGACAUGUGCAGUCAAUAAUUUGGCACUUUAGUGCAUCUUAGUUAAAAUUUAAAUAUUCUGCUUAAAACUAUCAGUGUUGUGUAGUUGUCAGGUAAAAACCUGCACUACAUUUGAAUUUAAAUCUGCUAUCGCUAUUGGCUAAGAGGUACACUAUGACGUUAGCUGGGACAUUAUGAUGUCACAAUGUCGUUGUGAGCCUGCAUGUGUGUGUAUUUGUUAGUGGCUCCACCCUCUCAGUCUGCUAGGCUACAGCAUUUGCGGCAUUUUUCAAACAGGAAGUGGAAGAGGAGUAAGACUCUGCUAGGGGGUGACUUGCUCUUUAAAUUUCCAGGUUUCAGUAACGCAUUGGGGCUUUGUCCCAUGGGAAUGCUAAUGGGUUAAAACCCUCUCUGGUUUGAGAAACUGCACCCCCUACGCAUAAACCAGGCAUAGAAUUAUGUGUUUUUUAAAUAUCAUUAGAAAUGGAAAUAGGGACUUGUAGCGCUGAAAUUAAUUUCACUUUUGCUAAAUUAGACCACAUUUACGCUUUUAUUCGGGAGAAAAUUACAGAAAAAAUAGCCUCUUGUUUUUGCACAGGAAGCCAGACUUACCUAAUACUAUUAAGGACUUUACCACUUGUAGUUACUGCUCAUUACUACAUCUAACAUUUAAAUAAUGCACUGCUGUUAUUUUUGUAAAUCAUAUAUGUAGAAGUGUAAUAUUGUUCAGUUUAUGUGCUCCAUAUUAUUCAGUAUCUUUAGACUCCUGUCAGAUAAUCAGUAGAGAUAUUUCACAUCCUUGUAGAUAAAAACAUGAGGACUGCAUUAUUUAUUUACUACUCAGUAUUAAUUAGUGGAGGUAAUGUUGCUUUGCAGCUUGAACCAAAAUGAAUAAUAACACAUUUCCUCUGAUGUCUGUCCACAGCCGUCUCAUGUACCAACACACCUUCACGUGUAUCCCACACUGUCCUUGUAAAUAUACACCACUGUGUUUUUAUCACUCCAGAGAAUCCAACAAAAUAAUGGAAAAAAUACCAAUAAAAAGUUAAAUAUUUACUUUUUAAAGGGAUGUUGUGGAGUUGAGCGUUCAUCAACCUAUUUCUGUUCAGAUGGUGUCAUCAAUGAGACUGAGAAAGGAAAAGUGUACUUUUUCUUCUUUUUGUUUUCAGAGUCUGCCUUUUUUCCACCCAGAAAAGGGCUGCUUGAAGUUUUAAGAAUGUUUUUAACAUUGUGUUCAAGACGCAAGAUUAUGAAGCCAUGUAUGACGUUUGUCUCUGUCCUGUUUUGGAAGAAGCACGAAAACACAAAAUCGGACUGCAGAGCAGGAAGGGAGGCGGUGUGUGGCGUGUGUGUAAGCGAUUAUCAGACUUUGCUUUAUGAAAGUAGGUAGCAGCAGUGACACACACCUGUCCGCUCUCUCUUAUGCCUACCACCACCCCCUAACCAGUCUAACAAUAACUAGAGUAUGUCUUUUGGCACGUGGUUCCCAGUCAUGUCCUGUAUUAGACAGCUCCUGUACUGACACCUUGACAUAUCUACCAACACUGGACCAGAUCAAAGCAAACCUUGGAUACAUUUAGCUUCUUAGUUUCAACAACAUACAUAUUUAGUAAUACAUAAUUGUGUAAAAGAUAAAAAGGAGAAUGAUAAAACUCUGUGUUGGUAGAUAUGCACCUGGAGGUCCUACGUGUGUCUCCCUCCUGCAGAGGGUCUUCUGCCCUACAGCACUGAAAUAGCAGCAGAUAAUAAACGUGUCCUCUACCAAGUGCACAUCCGUGGACUGGCGUGUUGCCCAAUUAAAUCAAAGAGCUGUUUAAAAGUCACGAGGGCAAGAAAAUAAGUUUGGUGUUAAAUUAUAAACCAAGCUGCAUUUGAUGCUCUGCUGACCCGUACGUGCCGCCUACUAAAUUCUAAGAGUGUUUUAUUUUUUUCUGUACUGCUGGGCAGAAGAUCCUCUGUAGUGUGUGCUGUGUUGUUGUGUAGUGCACAGCGCCAUUGCAAGAGCAUGCAGGAGACAACAAACGAACAACUGGUUGUUAAAGGCAUCUGUCCCUUUUAGGUCGUGCACAUCUCCCCCUUCAGUUCUGAAUAUUUGGUAUGAAAGAGGUGUUCAUUGUGAUUAAUUGUUAACUAGUGACGUGAAUAUUAAUCAUGAAAUAAAAAGAUGAGCAAAAGAA